GUAAACUUCCCUUCGGGUUACAAUUUAACAAAAGAGGAGGUCCUCAGUGAGUUGCUCGCAGUUGACACUCAGACAGUUGUUUAUGCAAAAAUUUCCGAGGAGUUAUCACAGCUACGUCGAGGAAGCAACUACAACUAUUCAUACUACUUCCAACGUGAUGAUAUUUUCAAUGCACGACUUACGAUAACUAUCUCACCGCUUUCCACCACCACUGAUUUACCACGCGAAUUAAUGGCUAUCGAUCGCAUCUAUAAAGUGAUGCCAUCUGAGGUGGUGUUGUACGAAAAGUCUCCUGUAGACUUUCACAUGGCUGUUUGUAUGAGAUUUUUUUCUAAGUUAAAACACAAAAAUAUUGAGGCUGUUUCUGAGGAAUGUAUAAUAAAUGUCGGUUUACAUCAUGGUCAGCAAGUAGUUCUUCUCGCCUUGACUCCUGUUGUUGUGAUGUAUUGCAAGAAAGUGAGUACAGAAAAGGCAUCAGGAGUUGUGACGUAUUCGAAAAAAGUUAAAUCUGCGAAAUCUGAAGGGUUUGAGGGGGAAAAAAAUGAAGAGUGGAUGGACAGAGCAGUCACUUUCAACAAUGUCUACAAAUAUUGGCAGUCUACUAAAGAGCUCGCAGUCGGCAAUAUUUCCUUUAGCGCGUAUUACGGCCAGGUGACUGUGUUGCUCGGCCACGAUGGAUCAGGAAAGACUACAAUAAUGAAGCUCAUUUCAGGAGAUAUUGUACCAUCGCGAGGUCUUAUCAAUGUGCUCAACCUAAUGAAAAUACAUGGCAAAAAUCUUCGUGGAAAAGAAAUUGGAUAUUGUUCACAACAAAUAACACUAUUCGAAAACUUAACAGUUCUUGAGCAUCUCUGGAUUGAGGUAUUCAACUUGAAGGAAGAAAACGAGUACGAACAACUUGAAGAAGAACCUGAGGGCAAACAUGGGCCGCCCUCCAGGCGAAACUUAAGCGCCGCACUGGCCCGUACA